AUGACUGUUCUUGAUCUUACUACUAUUAGUAAAUUAGAUCAACCUCAUGAAUUACGUGCUUUUGGAGUAAUAUUUGAAACAGAAAUUACUCAAAAAAAACCAGGAAUGAUAGAUGUUUAUGAUGGAUAUUUAGAAAUGUUUAGACAAAUUAAUCGUGGUGUAAUUAUUUCAUAUGUUUCUUCAUUUAAUUAUACUCCAAAUAUAUUAAUACCAAUAACACGAGAAAUUAUAACUAAACCAUUCCAACCACCAAAAAAUGGAAUAAUGUAUUUUGAAUCAAAAAUAUUGAAAAUAGAAAAAUAUCAUAUUCCAUAUUUAUUUCCAAUUCCUUAUUUAUCAGAUGAAAAAUAUUCAAUUGCUUUCUAUUAUAAUGAAGCUCAAGAUAGAUGUCAUAUUAUUGAUAUUAUUUAA